GUUUUUAAGCGCUGCAGGUAAAAGAAUAAGUUAAAAAAAGAGCGUGCGACUUCUUGGCAUUGAAGAUACCAACGCUCUUAUUUAAAACACUUUAGAAAAGUCCAUCUCGAAUAUUUGAGGAUGAAACCAGAGAAAAAGUUUAUUCCAGGAGUUUGCAAAGCCAUCUUAAGUGGUGACACUGUUAUAAUAAGAGGCCAUCCAGAUCAAGGCCUGCCUCCCGAAAAAAUUCUACAGUUAGCUUACGUUUCUGCUCCUAAGUUAGCUCGAAGACCAACUGAAAAUGGCCAAUUAUUUAACGAUGAGCCCUACGCUUGGCAAAGCAGGGAAACCCUUCGCAAACUUAUCAUCGGGAGAGAUGUGUUAUUCUGCGUAUUGUAUUCCGCUGUUGCGCGAGAUUACGGUUCAAUUCUCCUUAACGGUCAUGAUAUUACUGCACAACUCGUUUCUGAAGGUGCUGUUCGUGUUAGAGAACUAACACCGAAUUCUCCUGACAAGCAUAGAGAAUUAAUCAAUCUGGAAAACAAAGCGAAGUUAGCCAAAGUAGGUAUGUUUCAACCCAAGUCCGCUGGGGCUAUUCGAACUAUUACUUGGCAAAUUACUAAUCCGGAGGACUACCUUGGAAAGCAGUUCGAGGCUGUAGUCGAAAAUGUUAAAGAUGGCUCUUCCUUGCGCCUUCUUUUGCUGCCGUCCUUUGCUUACGCCACACUAAGUCUUUCGGGGAUCAAGUGUCCGUCCAAAGACGACCCCGACAAUCCAGAGUUUUAUGAAGAGGCAAAGUACUUUACGGAAGUCCGUUUGUUGCACCGCACCGUUCUAGCCCACUUGCAAGGUACUUUGAACGGCAUCUUUUUAGGAACGAUUAUGCAUCCCGCUGGCAACAUAAGCGAGUGUCUGUUGAAGGAGGGAUUUGCCAAGAUUGUGGAGUGGAGCAUGAAGUAUGUCUCUCCCAAGUGCCAAGCGAGCUACCGGGCGGCGGAGUCUUUCGCUAAGCAGUACCGGUGGCGCCUAUUUAGAGAGUAUUCUGCCAGCUCCGCUUGUAAGCUGGACAAUUCUGAAUUUCAGGCCGUGGUCGAAGAAAUUGUGAAUGGAGCAUCCGUCGUAAUAAGAAGAGUCACUGAUGGGACUCGAGAAAGGAUCUUUUUUUCUUCUCUUCGCCAGCCACAGGCCGCUACUGCAGCUUCAGGGAAGACUGGAAGAGACCAGCCGACCGGGGAAAGUAGAGCUGCAGAGGCUCGCGAUUCUUCCGCGCCUCGCCUUCAAUACUACCAGAUUCCAUGGUUUCUAUGUAGAACGCGCUGCCCUACGUAUGCGUAUCUUUUAGGAAAAACAGUAUCUGUCAAAGUCGACUAUCUUCGGGCGCCGCUCUCCGGUGCAUCUCCGAAAAAGAUGUGCACUAUCAUGCUGGGGUCCUGUAACGUGGGUGAGGCUUUGAUUGGCAAGGGUCUGGCGAAGGUCAUCCCCCACCGAAUGAAUGACAAUGACCGUUCCUUGCACUACGAAGCUCUUGUCCGCGCUGAAGCGGCGGCUAAGGCGCAACUCAAAGGCGUACACCAGCCUGCAAACAAAGCGCCUGUCCACAGGUUUGUGGAAGUCACCUCUCAUGAGGAAGCUGUGCAGCAUCUGCCACUCGUCCGACAUAAUAAAAUGCGCUUUCCUGCGAUGGUUGAGGGAGUCCUCCACGGCUCUCGACUAAAGAUUCUCAUCAUUCAGGAUAAACUGAUAAUUAAUUUUAUUCUCUCCGGCAUCAGGUGCCCACGAUUACUGUCGAAAAACGCUGGGGACGGGGCCCCACCUGAACCUUAUGCAGAGGAAGCCUACAAUUUCACUAAAAACUUGUGUUUUCAACGAGAUGUGGAAAUACAGGUCGAUGGUUUGGACAUGGCCGGAAGCUACACGGGGAGUCUCUGGGUAAAGCACAGCGGCGUCUGGAAGAAUCUCAGUCUCCAGCUUCUCAAGAGCGGAUUGGCCUCGCUUCGCCCGUCGGCCUCUCGUCUGCUCUACAAACAAGACUUGUAUAAAGCUGAAAGAGCCGCUAUUGAAGAGAGAUUAAAGAUAUGGGAGAACUAUACGGAGCGCACCGCCAGCGAUGGCGAAGGAGAACACCAUGAUAAAAUGCCCGAAUACCAAAAGGUCCAUGUGAGCGAGGUCACUUCACCAACACACGUGUGGUUUCAGCCGGCGGAUAAACUGGACGAGCUGAAGCCCGACCUUAUGCGUCUAAAUGAAACCUUUACUGGCCGCGCCCCCUCGCAGGAUUAUUGGCCCGUCGUUAACGCCCUUUGCUGCGCCAAGUUUGGCGAUAACGUGUUUUACCGCGCACGUAUCGAAGUGGUGGACAAUGAAAAGCGCACGGCCCAUAUCUUUUAUAUUGAUUACGGCAAUAAAGAGGAAACUUCUUUCGACAAUCUGUACGAACUGCCUGAAGCCUUCUGGUCACCCCCUCCGCUGGCCCGCGAGCUGCGCUUAGCGUUACUGGCUGAGCCAGACGACGAGGACUGGGCCGCCGCGGCGCUUGACUUUGUUUCAGAACUUCUUUUGGACAAGUCUUUUCUCUUAAACAUUAAAUAUCAAGAAAAUGGGAAAGAUUAUGGGACUCUUACGGAUCCAGAAACCAAAGUCGACGUGGGCACCACCAUUCUUCUAAAUGGCCUCGCGCUGUGCAAGAGACGCAGAGGCAGUAAGUUUAAAGCUCUUCUUGAUGAGUACGAAAAAUGCGAGAGCAAGCUCUGCAGGAAAGGCGCAACAUCUGGGAGUACGGCGACAUAAGGCCAAAUGAAGACACUCCUGCGCAUGGUCCGUAGCCAGCAACACGUGUCUUUAAUAAAAAGUU